UGCAGGUGGUCACGCGGCGACAGGUCGGCCAGACGCGGCAGACUCCUCCUCCUCUGCGCCACUCGAACCGCUCCGGAGAGCUCCGGCGGCGACUUGCGGUGCCGUCGCUGGCUGUGGCGCUGGCUGACCACAAUGAACCACCUUCAGCUGAGCACGGCGUCUGUUCUGCUGGCGGGCCUUCUCAUCGGCUGUGCAGGCAGAGUGCCAGGGAAUCAGCAUAAGGUGGUCUGCUAUUUUCAAAGCUGGGCCGUCUACAGGCCCGGCAAAGGCAUAUUUGAUGUGGAAAAUAUCGACCCUCACCUGUGCACCCACUUAAUCUACGCCUUCGCCGGCGUCAACGACAGCAACCACAAAAUCAUGUCUUUGGAUCCGGAGAAUGACUUCAGCGAUGACGGUGGAAAAGGUCAUAACGUACGAUGUGCGUAUGUCCGUUUCACAAACCUGAAGAAGAUAAAUCCGGACGUGAAGACCCUAUUAGCCGUCGGAGGAUGGAACGAAGGAUCCAAGAAGUUUUCGCAUAUGGCGUCCAGUGCGGGAAACCGUAAGGCAUUUAUUGACAGUGUGAUGGAGUACAUGGACAAGUUCAAUUUUGACGGACUUGACAUCGACUGGGAAUACCCCGGACAGAGGGGAGGCUCACACAACGAUAAGGCCAAUUACGGACUGCUGCUGAAGGAACUGAGAGAAGUUUUCGAUCCGAAAGGAUACCUCAUCACUGCGGCCGUUCCGGCGGGAAAAGACAGCAUUCAUAGGAGCUACGAUAUCCCAACGUUACAAAAAUAUCUCGACUUGAUCAACAUUAUGGCGUACGACUACCACGGUACCUGGGACCCCUUCACGGGCCAUGUGGCUCCCCUGUAUGCGUCCCACCUGGACAUACAGCACGGCAAUGGCUUUCAGUUCUUCAAUGUGAACUACACUGUCCACUACUAUUUGGACGGCGGCGCCGACCCCUCCAAGGUUGUCGUGGGCAUUCCCUUCUACGGGAACGGCUUCAAGCUACGAAGCCCUAGUCAGCACGGCCUGUACGCGCCCAUCAGCGGCCCUAUGCCCGGUUGUCCGUACACGGAGGAAGACGGUGACUGCGGCUAUUACGAGCUGUGCGAGCUAUACUUCACCAAGCCCGGCUGGACGCACGUACACGAUGACGAGCAGAAGACCAUCUACAGCUACACAGACGAGGUCUGGAUCGGCUAUGACGACCUCGCCGCUAUCAAGGUCAAGUCGGAGUUUAUCCGGCGCACCGGCCUGGCCGGCGCCAUGGUGUGGGCGAUAGACCUGGACGACUCGCGCGGCGUCUGCAACCUCGGCUCCAAGUUCGCCCUGCUGACGGAGCUGUGGCACCAGAUGAACGGCGAGCUGCCCUCUACCACCCCCGGGCCGACAACCACGCCCGGUCCGACCACCACCCCUGGCCCGACCACGACGCCUGCCCCGCCGGACCACGUGUGCAAAAAGCCGGGUCUCAACCCUGACCCGGACAAGAUGUGCUCCCCGAUAUUCUACGAGUGCGUCAAAGACGGGGACACGUGGGAAGCCACUCAGUUCCUCUGUGGAGAUGGAGCCAUUUUUGACCGGGUCAAGCUCGUCUGUGUGUGGCCAGGAGACUCAGACGAGUGCAAAAACACCCCACAUAAGGUGGUCUGCUAUUUCGAAAGCUGGGCCUUCAACAGGCACGGCAAUGGCAAGUUCGAUGUGGAGGACAUCGACCCCAGCCUUUGCACCCACUUGAUCUACGCCUUCGCCGGCGUCAACGAUACCAACCACAACAUCAUGUCUCUGAAUCCAAAGAAUGACUUCAGCGACGGUGGCGGAAGAGGGGCGUACACCCGUUUUACAAACCUGAAGCAGCUCAAUCCGGAUCUGAAAACUCUGCUGGCUGUCGGAGGAUACCAUGAAGGCUCCAAAAAGUUUUCACAUAUGGCAUCCAGUGCCGAAAACCGCAAGGCAUUUAUCGACAGCGUCAUGGAGUACAUGGACAAGUUCAAUUUUGACGGACUUGACAUCGACUGGGAAUACCCUGGACAAAAGGGAGGCUCCAGCGACGAUAAGGCCAAUUACGGCAUGCUGCUGAAAGAACUGCGGGAAGUCUUCGACCCUAAAGGAUACCUGCUGACAGCAGCCGUCCCGGCAGGAAAGCACAACAUAGAUACGAGCUACGAUAUCCCAACGUUACAGAAAUAUCUGGACCUGAUCGAUGUCAUGGCAUACAACUACCACGGCAAAUGGCAGCCCUUCACGGGCCACGUGGCGCCAAUGUACGCGUCCCACCUGGACAUACAGCACGGCAACGGUUAUCAGUUCUACAAUAUGAACUACACCAUCCACCACUAUUUGGAGGGCGGUGCCGACCCCUCCAAGGUUGUCGUGGGCAUUCCCUUCCACGGGAACGGCUUCAGUCUGCAGAGCCCUGGUCAGCACGGCCUGUACGCGCCCGUCAGCGGCCCCAUGCCUCGCUGUCCGUACACGAGACAGGCCGGGGACUGCGGCUUCAACGAGCUGUGCGAGCUGUACUUCACCAAGCCCGGCUGGACGCACGUACACGAUGACGAGCAGAAGACCAUCUACAGCUACACAGACGAGGUCUGGAUCGGCUACGAUAACCUCGAAACCAUCAGGCUGAAGUCGGAGUUUAUCCGGAGCACCGGCCUGGCCGGCGCCAUGGUAUGGGCGAUAGACCUGGACGACUCGCGUGGCGUCUGCAACCUCGGCUCCAAGUUCGCCCUGCUGACGGAGCUGUGGCACCAGAUGAACGGCGAGCUGCCCUCCACCACCCCUGGCCCGACCACGUCAGCUCCCGCGGACCACGAGCGUGAACACCAUGGCCCGAACUCCGAGCCGGACGAGCUGUGGUAG